AUGGAAGCUUGGAACAAGGCGUGCAUGGUGAGACUUUUGUGGAAUCUAUGCAAGAAAGAGGAUAGUAUGUGGGUGAGAUGGGUUCAUACUUACUAUAUCAAAGAAGUAAGUAUCAUGGAUGUCCAUGUCAAAGACUCUUUCUCUUGGAUUAUGAAGGAGAUAUUACAAAUUAGGGAACAUGUGAAAAGGCUGGAUUGCUGGAAAUCUUUGGGACAGAGGAAGGAAUACAAAAUGAAGGAGUUUUAUUUGCACUUUCUGGCUCAAUCGAAUGAUGUUGAUUGGAAGGGUUUGAUCAUGGGGAACUAUGCAAGACCUCGUGCGAAGAUAAUUAUGUGGCUGGCCUGUCACGGCAGACUUGCCACUAAAGACAGGUUAGUUAGGUUUAGAAUGAUAAAGGAUGUCAAAUGUGAAUCCUGUGCAGAGAACGAAACUAUGCAGCAUUUGUUUUUUGAAUGUGAUGGAACAAAUGGUACAUGGAGGGGAGUUCUGGACUGGUUGCACAUAAAGCAACAGGAGUGUGGCUUGACACAGAUUAAGAGUUGGGCUAUCAGACUUUGUAAGAGCAAAAACUGGAGGAGGAAGUUUCUGCAUGUGGCCUUGGCAGAAACGGUUUAUAGUGUCUGGCAUAAUAGAAAUUGCAAAGUGUAUAGAAAAAAAUAG